UGCACUCAGUUUCGAGAUGUUGUUGAAAAUUGUCAUUGUUUUGGUGGCUUUAACGGCCACUAUUGAGGGGGCCUCCAAGCCUUUGAAACGGAUGCGGAAAGACUUGUCUUCCCUCCCGUUGAAGCUAAAAAAAGACCAUUUUAGCACUCUAGUGCGGAAAAGACGAGAGACGGAAGAUGAGGAAGUGGUGAUUGAAGCAAUAGAUGUGGAACCCAUUGAUAUGAUUAAAUUUUUUAUUGCGGAAGCGUGGGAGGACGACAAGUUGGGGAUGUUGGCCGAAUAUAUGACAGAUGAGAGUGACCACGAGUCGAAUAUGACAGUCAUAGGUUGGCAACGUGUGUUUGACGAAACUGGAAAAAUCUCACAGUUGGUAACCGUGCAAAUUGUAAUUCCCCCAAAACCGUUGACUGAGAUUGACGUUGCACGCACUGACGAUGACGAUGACGAUGAUGACAGUGACGAAGACGAUGAACGGCUUUUGCCACACGAUGAUAUCAACGAAAUGAAAGAAUUGUUUGAACCAAUGGCACGAUUGGGGAUUCCCCUAAGUAUGACAAUGGAGUCGUACGACAAAAAGGGUAAAUGCGAGUCGUUGUUGUACAUGGAUAAAGAUGAGUUGUAUGGUAAAUCUGAAGGUUUUGCGCUUUAUAAUAAAACUGCCAUUGCGAGUGAGAAGGAAGUUUCCGAUUUUAUCGACAGUUUGAAACCUGCCGGUUUGGGGAAACCCUCAAUUCUUAAAUAUGACGUUGAUGGUCACUUGAUUCUGGAGCAUAGUAAUAUUAGGCCACACAUGUUGGGCGAUGUUAUAGAUCAUGUCGAUGCUACUGAUGAGAUGUUGAUUGAAGGACCACAAAUUAUUGCCCAGAUUUCGCAACAGUACCCAAAAGAUAGUAUUCCCAAACAUUUAGCGAUUGAAUAUAAUAAAAAGUACCCGGAAUAUAAAUGGAGGGUUUUGGUCAGUCCGGAAAAUUAUUAUAUUACCAGAGAUGUGUCAUUGUCGUUGUCUUAUGACAAUUUUGAUUUGGAUGAAAAUAGUUAUGUUUGGUACUUGGUGUAUGGUGCCAAAAAGACCAAAAAUUAAUUUUAAAUAAAAUUUUUUGAGUGUUGUGUA